AUGAAGAAGCAGAAAAGAAAGAGGAAGGUAACGAUGAAGAACUGCAGAAGAAUAAGGAAGGUGACAAUGAAGGACUGCAGAAGAAAGACGAAGGGGACAAUGAAGAACUGCAGAAGAAUCAGAGAGUAUUGUGACAUCGUCCAGGACUGCAUUGAAAGGAACAUGACCAAGGAAGAUACUAUGAGAUUUGUACAGAAUGAGUAUCUAAUCCCACUUCAAGAUACCAACAGAGUUUGGAAUCGUCUUCAAAGUACGAAUCCAGAUUUAUUCAUAGCAUACAAUGCAAGGAUCCGUGAGCGCGAUGCAAGGAUCCGUGAGCGCAAUGCAAGAAUCCCUCCCCCCGUUGCACAACCUUCACCACAAGAGGUAACUUCAGCAAGGAGACGUAAACCGCUUGGGACAAAGCCAGAACACCGUCUAUCUCCUCCUCCUCCUACUUCUCGCACUUUGUUGCCUGAUUUGAAUGUUCCUGUUGCAUCACCACAAGAAGAUGCUGCUUAUGCUAAUGCUAAUGCGAUAGAGAACCAAAAAAUUCAAGCUCCUCAGCAGCAGCCAGUUUAUCCCAAUAACUUUUGGCAGCGGGUUAUGAAUACCUUGGGCCAGAUUCAGAGUAAUACGCAGCAUUUGGAUACUUUGGGUCAGAUUCAUAGUAAUACAGAGCAGCUUGUCAAACUAGUGACCGAUGUACAUGGAUUUGGACCAUAUCCUUCUACUGCGGGAUCACUAAAGAGACAGCGAGCUGAGGAGGCAGAAGAGAGAGGUAAAAAAGAAGAAGAAGAGAAGCAGCAGAAGAAAGAUGAAGGUAACGGUGAAGAAGUGCAGGAGAAAGAGGAAGGUAGCGAUGAAGAGCUGCAGAAGAAUGAGGGAUGUGGCACUGUAUAA